AUGAUAAUAUUUUACAUAUUAUUGACAAUAUCAUAUGCUUCAUUUUCUGGUGAUAGAGUAAGUAAAUCAGAGUUUGAAAAUCUUCUCAAUAGUGAUUAAGAUGUAUGAUAAAUUUAUUAAAAAAUAGUUAUUACUCUUGAUUAUUAAUGAUGAUUAGAUGGUUGCUUUAUGGAAUCAAUUAUAUUAAUAACAUGCUGAUUUAAUUAUUAUGGGAGUUGUAGAUUGUAGAUAAGCUAAUGAUUUAUGCAAUGAAUUGGGUAUAGAAUAGACUCCAUAAUUACUAUUUGUUAAUAAAAAUGAAAAAGCAUUAAUUUAUUUUGAUGGACAAUGGAAUUCAGAUUCCAUUACAUAAUGGUUAAUAGGAGAUCAUGAACAUUCUGAAGAAGAAUUUGAAAUCUAUAUUCAAGUUGAUUAACCAAAAAUCAAUGAAAAUGUAUAAUGGGUUACUGAUGUAGAGAUUGAUGAUAUUGAUAAUUCUAAUAAUCAUUAGGAUUCACAAGAACAUAUUAAUUAUCAUGAUGAUCAUCAUUCAGAAAAUAUUGAAAAAAUAAAAUAUGAAGAAUUGCAAUAAUUAAUAAUACUUAAUGAAUAACUUUCUUAUAGAGCUGAAAAAUUUAGAAGAGAUAUUGAUUUAGUAAAGCAUUAAACUAAUAUGCUUAAUACAUCAUAUAUGAUUGAAUUAAAUAGAUAAGAAACAUCUAUUAAUUUCACUAUAUAUCUCUAUUCUUCAGGUAUGCUAGCAUUCGUUUGUGUACUAAUUACUUGGAAGAAAAUUAAUGUUCUUAAAAAGAAGUCAUCAAUUCUAGUGUAAUGAUAAUUUAUAUUU